GCGAGGGCGAAGGCGCGCACAAUCGAUCCCGCACCGCAGUCCGGCUAGGCGUUCGACCAUGGCAGACAAGACUAAAGUCACCGAGCAGUACUACGCCCCCCCGCCGGACCUAGGGAAAUGGGAGUCCUUCAGGAUCUUCUUAUACAACUCGGAGACGGGGCAGUUCCUCGGCCGCACGGGAUCCAGUUGGGCAAAAAUCCUCCUCUUCUACCUGAUCUUCUAUGCCAUUCUCGUGGGAUUCUUCGCGGCCAUGCUGGCCAUCUUCUACCAGACCCUGGACUCCAAAAUGCCCAAAUGGCAGAUGGACGCCUCCUUGAUCGGCAGUAAUCCAGGUCUGGGCUUCAGGCCGAUGCCGGAAUCAGCGAACGUGGAGAGCACGCUGAUCUACUACCGCGCCAACGACAAGGGCUCCGUCCUUCGCUGGGCCCAGGUCAUCGACGAUUUCCUUGAGCCAUACCGCAAGAAGGGCAGCGGCGCGGGCGAGGCGGCGGGCGCGGAGAACCGCGUGGCGUGCGACUUCGGCACGAGCGCGCUGGGCGAGCGCCAGGUGUGCGACGUGCCGGUCGACGCCUUCAACCCCUGCACUGCCGCCCGCCAGUACAACUACGAGGAGGGCGGGCCGUGCGUCUUCCUCAAACUUAACAAGAUUUUCAACUGGAUCCCGGCGCCGUACAACACUACGGAGGACCUGCCCGCCACCAUGCCCGAGGACCUCAAGCAGCACAUCAAAGGGCUUGUAAGUUACCCCUCCGGGCAGCCCAAAGCCAACACGGUGUGGGUGACGUGCGAGGGGGAGAACCCGGCCGACGUGGAGAACAUCGGCCCCAUCCAGUACAUCCCCGCGCGGGGCUUCCCCGCCUACUACUACCCCUUCACCAACAAGGAGGGCUACCUCAGCCCCCUCGUCGCCGUGCUGUUCGAGAAGCCCAGAACGGGCGUGCUCAUCAACAUCGAGUGCAAGGCGUGGGCGAAGAACAUCUUCUAUGACCGGUACGAGCGGCGCGGCUCCGUGCACUUCGAGCUGAUGGUGGAUCGCUCCUAAGCGCCGCACCGCGCUAUCUUCACCACUCUCCACGCGUUUUGUUUCGUAGUUAGACUAUUAAGGCUGGUGAACACACUGCCAUCCGCCGGGCCCCGCUGCGCUCGCACGCUGCGCACGCGCAGGCGGCAGGUCGCGCCGCGCCGGCUGCCGGGCCGCGCCGCGCCGGCUGCCGGGCCGGUCGCCGUAGAUAGCCACAUAGUCGGCGUUUAUUUGUAUUCGUUUUAGAAUAGCCGGGGGGCGCCACCGAGUUAAAGUUUUCGUUUACACGCUUAAGAUUUCAAAUUUUAAACUAUAAUAAUAACGUUUAAUAUUAAUGUUUUGUGGACGGUGAGUCAAUAAAUGCGCAAUAGUUGGUUCCGAUUUA